AUGACUGCACCCGUUAUCUCCAAACCUAAUCAACCCAGCCUGGAUGAUCUGACGACAUUCAUCACGGAUUCAAGAUAUGCGGUGGCAAGUGGGGGAUUUGGCUCCGUUUACAAGUGUACCUAUAAUCCUGGGAAGCAAUCAGUGGAUGUGGCGGUCAAGAUGCUUCACAAACAAUCCGACAAAACCGAAAACAACAAAGAGCUAAGGAGAGAGAUAGGUGUUUGGAAGAGAUUGCGCCACAAAUAUAUUGUUCCACUUUUAGGGUAUACCAGUUACUAUUCACCUGUUUCCCUCGUGUCGCCUUGGAUGCCUAAGGGGACGCUCCAUCUGUAUCUCAGUCAACAAAUAUCACUGGCAGAGAAGUACUUCCUGCUGUGUAACGUGGCGAGUGGCCUACACUACUUACAUUCGGAAUCUGUGGUGCACGGAGACCUCACAAGCUUUAAUGUGUUGAUCGACAAGGAAGGUCAAGCGUGCCUAACUGAUUUUGGGCUGUCAUCCAUGAUCGGGAUAGGUGAAAAGCUCAAGUACCUUUGUCCCGAUGAGAAGAAGCCUGGGGCUGCACAUUGGUCAGCACCUGAAUUAAUCGAUGGAGACCGAGUCCAAGAUUCAAAGAGUUCUCCCAAUGAUGGAGGGGUUGAGGAGAGAUAUAUGCCAUCUCCUUCAAGUGACAUGUAUUCAUAUGGCUGUAUCAUGUUUGAGGUUCUUUCCGGUGGCAUUCCCUGGGGGGAUUACAAGAUACCUAUAACUGUCAUCAUGGAAGGAAGGACACCUGAGCGUCCACAAGACGUGAAAGAUGAGGAUUGGAUAUUUAUAUUACAAUGUUGGCUGUGGCUCCCAUCCCUUCGACCUAUCGCAUCGCAAGCACUAAAAUUCGCUAAAGCUCAAGCUCGCCCGUUCAUACCUGCAGAACUUCUCGAGACCUCCAGUCGAGCCUCCACGCACACAACAUAUACAACACAUCUUGAUGACGCAAACGUCUACAACUUAUCUUCAUUGGUACCUUCGCAUACGCAGCUCGCAUUUUCGAACCCUGUAACUUGCUGGAAGUCAAUUAUCAAGCUAGCGAAAGCACUCAUUGACCUAUUCACUACCCGAAGGGACCAGCGCCUCCUUAAUGAUGCAAUCCAACUGUAUCAUGUUUCCCUCGGCAUACUCCCGCGCAAAUCCAUAACUCCUUCACUCCACGAAGAUAUUGCGGCCAUCGCUAAGAUCUGCACUGAACAAGGAGAUGAUGAGAAUUCGGAUGCGAUCGAACGCCUUCGCUUUUGCAUGGAAUCUGAUGUCAAUUAUCCCUUUCAUUUCACGGGUUCCAGUUACCUUAGCCUCGUCAACAUAGCCAGGCACAUGACAGAAAAAUGUCCGGAUUCCAUUUCCAGCGCAAAAAAAUGGUACAGGAAAUCAUUCAGCGAUUCCAUCAGUGGUGUAUUAUGCCGCUUGCAGAUGGCGUUGGCGUGCGCUCGGAUCGCCGAAAAGGUUGCAGGGGAAGCUGAGUUCAGGCUUGAGGCAUACGAGGAGUCUCUCCAUCUACUGCACUCGCACAUGUCUACAACGCACACCCUAACAUGGGCAGUGGAGCAUCUCUCGACUUCUCUUGCAGUCGAUGCGGCAGCGACGGCACUAGGUCUAGAAGAUGUGAACAAAUCUGUGGAGUUAUUGGAGUGGGGGAGAGAGCUACUGUGGGAAAAUAUUGUGCGAUCUCGCACCAGCGAAGAAGAAAAAGAGGAAGAGAGUGAGGGUGAGAGUGAGGGAGAGGGAGAGGGUGAGGGUGAGGGUGAGGGUGAGGGAGAGGGUGCGGAAAAGGGUGAGGGUGAGGGAAAGGCCCGAGAAGAGGAGAGGGAAAAGGUCUUAGAAGUGGAGCAGCUGCACUUGCUUGUGAGCGGUGUACUAGACACCUCGCAAGAAACUUCCAGCCUCAAAACUGCUGCUGUACCAAAUGCAAAAGUACACGAAAUAGGCGAGGCGGAGGGCACGCCAUGCUUACAUCCUCAAAUAUCUGAUCUACUGAAAGCCACGCAGGAUGGCCCGGUGGUCAUGCUCAUCGGAAGCAGACGAUCAUGCGAUGCCAUUAUCGUAUCCAAUGCGUACCCCAAGCCGCUUCACGUAGAGCUGAAGAUAUCCUUCAGCGUUCUCGCGGCGUUGUCGACUAGGUUUCAAGCUUGCACCUCUUCAGUAUCAGAAGACCCUGAGUGGGUAGAAGACCAGCUGAAAGAGAUACUGCUCUGCUUGUGGGAUGAUGUUGUGAAUCCGGUGAUCGAUCGGUUGAAAGAAACGAUGCCACCGCGGUGUGGCUCUCGAAUAUGGUGGUGCCCUACUUCGUUUUUCUCCACCUUGCCGGUGCAUGCGGCAGGGGACUACACUGUGGAAGGGGUACAGCUACCACAGCUGUACGUUUCGUCCUACACUUCUUCUAUCUCGUCACUGGUUCGCGCUCGCACGUGUGCGGACGAUCCUGGGCCAUCUCCGAAAUUUGCUACAAUACAUCAAGAAAAACCACUUAAAAAUGACGAAGGGGAGGAAGUCGAAUACCCUGCGAUCGAGCUCGCAGAAAUGGAGCCCGAAAUAGUGAAACGCAACUUACCCCAGUCGCUCUUCUUCCAAAGAUUCGCCGACGCAACAAAGGAGGAUGCCGUUGAGGCCUUCAAAGAUCAUGGAUGGUUCCAUCUGGUAGCUUAUGCCACACCGAAUGCUUGCCAACCAUCCAACUCCUCCUUUCUGAUGCGCGACGGCUCACUGUCACUUUCCGACAUCCCCUUGGCUGGCUCUGAGCCAAAGGAGUUUGCCUUCCUCUCUGCGAGACCCGUCGGAUCACGGUUCAGAUGGAUGCAGAACGAAACCGCCCAGUUUGCUGCCGGAUUGCAGUUUUCUGGAUUCAAGAGUGUUGUCGGAACGAUGGGAAACAUAGAUGACUCCAAGGCGUAUGAAAUCAUCACUAAGUUCUAUAAGGCUUUCUUUUCUACUGAGACCCCAGAUUGUACCCGAGCUGCGCAAGCGUUGCACGAUACCCUUGAAGAAAUGGCUGAGGGUGAGUUGUCUCUCGGACAACGAAUCGCCUUUGCACAUUAUGGACUAUAG